AUGACAGACCAGGGUCCAGUCACCUCAACUGUAUCAACGGGAUUGCCUCAAGGUGACGUUAUGUCCCCCACUCUCUUCAACCUAUACACGAGAGGGUUACAUUAUACCGAUCCAGAAGAAGAUGACAUUGUAACAGUCCAAUUUGCAGACGACUUCGUCAAAAUAGUGAGAGGAAAAUCUUUGAAUGAAGCAAAAGCCAAAGCCCAAUUAGCCAUCGACCGAUUUUCCCAUUACAGCUCGACAAUGAACCUACAACUAAAUGCUAAUAAAACAAAAGCAAUAGUAUUCAUACGAAAACCUCUAGACCUGCGACUAACUGUUAUGGGGUCAACAAUAGAAAACGUUCGAAACUACAAGUACUUGGGUGUCCAUAUAGAUCACAAUCUCAGUUUUGGUCCUCACAUUAAAGAACUAAAAAGAAAAAUAAAAGAUCGCCAAAACAUGCUCAAAAUAAUCGGGAGUAUUAAGAAAGGAGCAAACCCCAAGGUAAUGGUUCUCUUCCACAAGGCAUUGUACGGAAGCUAUUUAGCAUACGGUAGUGCCAUCUACGGAAACACACCUAAAUCCUAUCAGGAAAUGUUAGCGGUGUCCAGCAGACAAUGUCAGCGAAUAGCCACAGGAUGCACAAGGACUACACCUACUAACACUCUUGCAGCUCUAUCAAACGAAGAACCACUUACCCUAAAACGACAAUACUACACCAUGAAAAAGAUUACGCAACAUUUCAAGAAAAGAGAUGUUGUGGCUGAACAACUCGAAUCUCUCGAACCGACAGAAGAUUUUCAAUCAUCUAGAAUGUACUCGUUCAUGGAAAAAAUCUACUUGGCAAACACAGAAGCAGUUAAAAAGGUCUACGAGGAUGUAGACAUGGAACAAACACUGGAAAUUGACAUUCGACCACAAGUGACGGGAAUUCCAAUAAAUAAGAAGAAAAUGUCUCCAUCCACCAUGCGACAAAUAACUGUAGAACAUAUUAACAACGAAUAUCUCCUUUGGAGAAAAAUCUACACCGACGCAUCAAAAUCUUCGGAUGGUUGUGGUAUCGGUGUUUUUGAACCAGAUUCAAAUAUAACAAUCAGCUUACGACUCGACGAAACAACAAGCAUCAUGACAGCAGAACUUAUUGCUAUUCAGAUGGCUCUAAAAGAAAUACCAAAUUUAGAACCAAACAGAAACGUAAUACUCACCGAUUCCCAAUCUGCAUGCCAACUGCUACUAACUUGCCAAGCAGAGAAAAACUGGGACCAGUUGACCGGUGAGAUUUGUUGUAAUUUGCAAAAGACGAGAACAGUCCUACAAUGGAUACCGGGGCACAUCGGUAUAACAGGCAAUGAACACGCGGAUCGCUUGGCCAAAGACGGAACCUUGGUUCUGGGAUACUGA